UUACUCCAAAAAGAAAAAUAAUUAUAUAAUUUAUAAUGACAGAUACAAAUUUAAUUGUUAAAAAUGUUAUUCAUACUGGAACAAAAUGUGUGGACUUUGUUCCUGGAACAAAAGUAUUUUUUAAUUUUAAAACAUCAAAAUGUGAUGGUACAGUUAUUGAUGAUAGUAAAAAAAUGAAAUCACCAAUGGAAUUAGUACUUGGUAAACAAUUUAAACUUGAAGUUUGGGAAACAAUUGUACAAAAAAUGGCAUUAAAUGAAAUAAGUUGUUUUAGAGUUGAUAAAAGUUUAGUAUCAUCAUAUCCAUAUAUUGCUAAAACACUGAGAGAAGUUGGUACACCAGCAAGUAAAAAAGUUAAUAAACAUUGUUGUGGUGUUACAUUACAAAAUGAAGGUAUUGGAUAUGCAGAUUUAAAUGAUUUGAUUAAAAAUCCUCAGGAUCUUGAAUUUACAAUUGAAUUAACAAAAGUCAUACAACCAAGUGAAUAUGAAAAAGAAUCAUGGCAAAUGACUGAAGAUGAAAAAUUAAAAAAUAUACCAAUAUUAAGAGAAAAAGGUAAUAAAUUAUUUAAAGAUAAAAAAAUUGAUGAAGCUGCUAGUAAUUAUGCUGUUGCUAUUGGAAUUUUAGAACAACUUAUGUUGGCUGAAAAACCAAGAGAUGAAGCAUGGUUAGAAUUAGAAAAAAUGAAAAUGCCAUUGUUGUUAAAUUAUGCACAGUGUAAAUUAUUGAAUAAAGAAUAUUAUCAAGCAAUUGAACACUGUACAACAGUUUUAAAUAAUGAACCAGAUAAUGUGAAGGCAUUUUAUCGAAGAGGUAAAGCUCAUAUUGGUGCUUGGAAUGAAACAGAAGCAAUUAAAGAUUUACGAAAAGCUGCUGAAUUAGAUCCGUCAUUAUCAUCAAUUAUUGAAAAAGAAUUACAAACAUUUUUACUUGCUAUUAAACAAAAAGAUCAAGCACAAAAGAAAACUUUAUCACAAAUGUUUUCCACGUAAAGAAAUUUAUGAAUUUAUCAACACAUAAUACCCAGAAAGUGAUGUCAGCUCUACCUGAUUAAAUUAAUAUUAGCCAAUUAAUUUUUUCAUCCUAAAUUUAAAUCUGUAUACUCUUCUAAUUUCGGUGGAAAAAGUCUUUUUGUUCUGUCAAGGCUGUCGAAAUAAUAAACUAGAAAUUGAUUUAUAUUUCAAUUAAAUUAUCUUUACGUUUGUUUUUAAUUGAAACAAAAAUAUUUCUAUUAUAAAUGGCAUUGCAUUGAUUACAAACUUGAAGGCCAUCAUGGUAAAUAAUAUUUGUCAGAUUUCAUUAUAAUUUCUUGCGAUAAUCUGGCAAAUUCAAAACGUUCAAGAUUAAACUGAUAAAUAUUUUUAUUUCAAAAGAAAUUAAGUACGAUUAAUAUUAUUUACACCAAAAUGUCUUUUGAAUUUAAAAUUAAUAUAAGCAAUUUCAAAAUGAGAAUAUCUAUUUUCCUUUUAAAAUAAUAUUCCCAGUUUUAUAAAUUCAAAAAAAAAUGUAAGAAUACUUUAAUUGAAAUAUAUAUUUAUUCAUGCUUUUAUUUUUUGCAAACUUGAUAAAGUUCUAUUUUUAUUGUCAAUAUAAAUAUUCCUGUUUUCAUGGAAUUAGUCAUUUUAAUAUUUUUUUCUCUCCAAGAAAUAAAACCAAAACUUUUAAAUUAACUUUUUUUUAUUAUUUUAAACAAAAAAAAAUAAAAUGUUUAUCAAUAUAAUUUCAAUUAAAAAUCAAUUAAGUUAUCAAUAAAAUUUACCUGAAUUUUAUGGUCAUCAAUAUCAUUCAAUAUUCAUUCUUUUAGUUGUAUUUGAUUUCGCAAUAACCAAAACAAUAUUAACAUUCCAGUUAUUAACUUAUGACUUAUCUUAAUUCGUGGAUAUUAGCCGCUGGAUUAUUUUUUUUUUAUUAGAAAAUUAUAAAUACUCGAAAAAAUUUCAAGAUUAGAUUUGAAUUCAGGAGUAAUAAUAUUGAUUUAUUCUAGUCGUUGGAUGACGUCAAUAAAUAAUAACAAUACAAUAAAUACAUUUUCACAAUGAACAAUAAAUUUUUUAUUCUGUCAAGACUGGCUCUUUUUUUUUUUUUUUUUUUUCAUUUGAAUUAAUGAUUUUCGUUGUAGUAUUAUACACUCGCUGAUAUUAAUUUUAUAAUUAUUUUUUUUCGAUCUCACUUUGUUUUUUUUUUUUGUCGUUAAUUUGAAUGUUUUUUUUUUUUUCUUAUCGUAUACAGACACCAUUGAAAUAAUUGAAAAUAUAAAAAUAGCAAAUGUAAAGUCUCUUUGUCAUGACACAACAAAAGCUUGAUGUCGAUGAGCGUGAAGAGAAUAAUAGACGUGUUGAGGGUUUUCCCCAUUUUCAUACUUCACAUAUUUCAAAGUUCAGAAUAACUUCCUUUUUCUACUUUUAGAUUAUAUCGUCAUUCAUAACCAUCUAAUACCUUUAAAAAAAAAAAUAUAUAUAUAAUAUCAAAAAAUAUAAUAACAAAAAGCUUUAUCUUUUUUUUUUCGACCGGCACAUUUUAUUAUUCAUUUGACAUUUUCUAUAAGACUUUUGAAAAAUGACCUCUUUAUAACUUCCAUUUUUAUUCUUACAAAAACAUCAAAGAACAUCCAAAAACAAAUUUUUUAUAACGAAGAAAACUCUUCAAGUAAAAUUGAAAUAAAA